GCGGAGGGGGCAGUGCCGUCCCACGCGCCACAGUACGCCAACGUAUGUACUUGUACAAGUACGAGGUGAGGUGGCGUGGACUCGGUCAGAAUCGAUUUGUAGCCUUUGAAAUGGAAAGAUCGAAUGGGAACUGGCUUCUCAGUUGCAGUGGCUCUCGUUGCCGAAGCGAACCGUUGCGCAUUGAGGCGCACGGUGCACGGUCUGCGCUUGAGGUUAGGUGGGGCGGUCCCUGCGGUGCGCCGGCCCUGUUUAGAAUCGUCCCAAGGACACUGGAGCGUUGGAGUAUUCCAACUAAGAUUAAUAAAAUUCUCGGAAAAUGGGACCCCCGGUCUCAAAUCACUCUGUUUUGAAGUUCUAUGGAAGACCUCGGGAACAAACAUGGGGUUCGGAGGUGGUUGGGGGUUGGCGGUUGAAUGCUGGUUUGAGAUGACCCGCUCACCCGUCCUGCGUCAUACCCGCUGCCUUGGCGCGCUAAAGUCAGUGGGCGCUUCCCCAUCCGGUAAGUGCCUUCGCGGCCUCGCGGGGCCAACCAGGGGGCAUCCAAUCGGACGGUUGGCGUCACAGCUACGGACGUACCGAGUCCUCAGAGUUUCGUCAGCCACACAGAGACGGGAGCGUCAACCUUAGUUGGCGAGGUUGGUCAUGUUGCCACAGGCACAUCUGGCCUUUUGAUUGCGCGGCUUCGCUUUCGAGCUCUUCAUGAAAAAUCCAAGGGAACUCAACAAGCUAGCGAAUCCGAGUACACAUCAAAUCUCAUUGAGCACACUGUUAUAUAAAGAGUUCCGAGUUCAGCGGCCGAAUCUGCCAUGUAAACCCAUGAUCUUGGACUGUUCGAAGAGG